GUGACAUGAGCAGCCAUUAUGUGGCUGCGUCCGUCACUUCUGCUUGGAGUGUUGGUGGGCGGCAGGGGAUUAGUGAAGAGCAUGUGUGCUCAAGUGGGAGACUGGCACAGUGCCAAGUCCAUCUACGAGUUUUCUGCCAAAGACAUUGAUGGGGAGGAGGUUUCUCUUGAGAAAUACAGAGGUUAUGUUUGCAUUAUUGUAAAUGUAGCCUCAAAAUGAGGAAAGACUAAGGUAAACUACACUCAGCUAGCGGGAAUGCACGCCUCCUACGCUGAGAAAGGUUUACGCAUCCUGGGCUUCCCAUGCAACCAGUUUGGAGGCCAGGAACCUGGGACUGAAGCAGAGAUUAAAGAGUUUGCCAAGGGGUACAAUGUAGAGUUCGAUCUCUUCAGUAAGAUUGAGGUGAACGGUGACAACGCUCACCCUUUGUGGAAGUGGAUGAAGGCACAGCCCAAAGGAAAAGGAACCUUCGGAAACAACAUCAAAUGGAACUUUACCAAGUUUCUUAUUGAUCGGGAGGGGCAGGUGGUGAAGAGAUACGGUCCAACAGAUGAUCCAAGUGUGGUGGAGAAGGACCUGCCCACAUACCUGUAAUAUAACUCUGUUUGUCUGAUUCCUGACCUCUCACAUGGACUUGAGGGUAUCUGUGCGUGUGUGUGCCUGGACCAGUGACGGCUCGGUCUGUAAACCCAUCCCUGGGAGAGGCAGAGCCUGAUGAUCCUAAGCGUGCAACUUAUCUCCAGAGCCCACUCACAACAGACCUUUAUAAGACCAUGUUAAAGGACAUUUAUUAGAUGGCCAAAAAAGACAGUUUGUUUAAAACCUAAAAACAGUCAUUCCUUUUAUAUCUGUUAGGGAACGAGUUUUUAACCAUCUGUAGCCCUUUUCACAUGUCAAAUACAUGUUAUUAGCCAUACAAAACCAACGUUGUUCCCAUUUAGUAAUACACUUGUGCUUCACGAACACUCAGUGACCACUCUCAUGUCUGUGUGUGUUUAAUGAAGCAAGCAUUAUGGAAAUAGUAGCGUGACAGCAGCUCUAUUGAUUUAAAGCAUAGAGCUUCAUGCUCACCCUCUCAUUUGGCUCUGUAACUGCUACUAUUCCUAAUAAAUAAUACAAAGGCAUCUCAUGCAUGAUGUUUGAGAGGAGCUAUUUUUAUGAGAACACAGAUGGCAAUAAUUACACAAUUCUGUAAAUCUACUGAGUAUUGUUGGCUGUUGUCAAAAAGCUCAUGUCCUGACUGUCACUAGUGAUUACACUGGAAAAAUAAAUGCUGUCUUGCA